AUGAGGCCCCCCAGUGGGAGUCUGGACUCACUGACGGGGAAAUUGAAGCUCAGACUGAACAAGAUCUGGACGGAGGGUGCAGUGAGGUAUCAGUGGGAAAAUGCAGUUGAUGUUCUUCAUCUCCAGUCCCUGGGCAGGGGAUUCCAGUGGAGGAGUGAGGAGGAGGAUCAGGACUUCAUGUCUAUUAAAGCCUGCCUGCUCGCUCCUCAUGUCUAUAAGAUCAAAGCGAACCUGAAGGAGCUGAUCUCUCAGACGAUGGUGAGCUGGGCUCAGGAGACACACAUCCAGGACCCGGAGCUGGUGCGGCUGAUGUUCAGUCUGCUGAGACGACAGUACGACAGCAUCGGAGAGCUGCUCCGAGCCAUGAGGAAGACCUACACCAUCAGCGCCGCCUCCGUCCACGACACCAUCCACCUGCUGGCGCAUCAUCCCCACAUCCGCCCCAUCCUCAGCAUUCCGAAUGAGGAAGAACAACUAACAACCCAGUCUCUCAGGGACAUCAUGAAUAAUAAGGUGUUCUACCAGCAUCCGAACCUGAUGCGUGUUCUGGGGAUGCACGAGACCGUGAUGGAGGUGAUGGUGAACGUCUUGGGAGGGGAAAACGUCUCAGCGUCUCCGUCCAUGAGAGGAUCCACUCCUCUAGACGUGGCGGCUUCAUCAGUGAUGGACAACACAUUUGGUCCCGUUUGGUUGCAUCAUGAAGCGACAGUCGUGACGUAUCUGGCCGGCUGCGGUCUGCAGAGCUGUCCAAUGCUCCUGGCCAAGGGAUAUCCAGACAUCAGCUGGAACCCUAUCGAGGGCGAACGUUACCUGUCCUUCCUGCGAUUCGCCGUGUUUGUCAACGGCGAGAGCGUGGAGGAGAUCAGUGUGGUGGUGAAGCUCCUGAUUCGUCGUCCCGAGUGUUUCGGUCCCGCUCUGAGAGGAGAAGGAGGAAACGGGCUGCUGGCGGCAAUGAAGGAGGCCAUCAAGAUCUCAGAGAAACCCCAGCCUGGAUCUGCCCAGCACCGGGCCACCGGCUCACCUCCACUGAGGGCGAGGAGGAAGAGGAAGUGGUUCCAUGAAUGGGGAACGCCAUUCCUGUCCUUCUACUCGGCUCUGAUCGAUCUGCUGGGCCGCUGCGCUCCCGAGAUGCACCUGUCUCAAUAAGGGGGUAAAGGUGAAGCUCUGAGGAUCCGUGCCAUCCUUCGCUCUCCUCUGGUUCCCACGGAGGAUCUGGUCGGCAUCAUUAGCAUCCCUCUCAAGAUGCCCUGUCACGGCAGCGUGUCUGAGCCUGACAUGUCAUGCCACUUUCUGCCUUCGGACCACAAGGCCCCCAUGGUGCUGUUCCUGGAGCGCGUGUACGGCAUCGAGGACCAGAGCUUCCUGCUGCAUCUGUUAGAGGUGGGCUUCCUGCCGGACCUGAGAGCCGCCGCCUCGCUGGACACGGAGGCUUUGCGCACCACAGAAACAGCUCUGGCAAUGAACAGGUACAUCGGUUCGGCCGUGCUGCCCCUGCUGACCCGCUGCGCUCCUCACUUCUCCGGCACAGAGCAUCACGCUGCGCUCAUCGACUCCACGCUCUACACUGUCUACCGCCUGUCCAAGGGCUGUUCGCUCACCAAAGCCCAGCGCGACGCCAUCGAGGGGUGUCUGUGUGUUGUGUUCAGGUACCUCAGACCCUCCAUGCUCCAGCAUCUUCUGCGCCGACUGGUGUUUGACGUGCCGUUGUUAUCUGAAUACUGUAAGAUGCCUCUGAAGCUGCUGACGAAUCAUUACGAGCAGAACUGGAAGUAUUACUGUCUGCCGUCCGGAUGGGGGAGUUACGGUCAGGCGUCUGAGGAGGAGCUGCUGCUCACCAAGAAGAUCUUCUGGGGAAUCUUUGACUCUUUGUCUCAAAAGAAGUACGAGCAGGAUCUGUUUAAGAUGGCCAUGCCGUGUCUGAGUGCCAUCGCUGGAGCUCUACCACCGGACUACAUCGACUCCACGCUCAGCACCACGCUGGAGAAACAGGUGUCUGUCGACACGCAGGGAAACUUCGACCCCAGACCCGUAAACACAGCCAACAUCUGCCUGCCGGAGAAGCUGGAGUACAUCGCAAACAAAUACGCUGAACAUUCCCAUGAGAAAUGGGCUGCUGAGAAGGUGCUUCUGGGCUGGAAACACGGAGAAAACAUCGACGAGAAAGCAAAAACUCACCCGAUGCUGAGAUCCUACAAGUCCCUGACGGAGAAGGAGAAGGAGAUGUAUUGCUGGACGGUGCGCGAGUCCUUGAAGAGCAUGCUAGCGCUGGGCUGGAGCAUCGACCGCACCAGAGAAGAAGAGAGCGUGUUUCAGCAGAGAGACAUCUCCGAUAACGCAGAACACAUUCACAGACGUGACGAAGCGUUUGUUAUCGUGUGCUUUCAGGGGAACGGCUUCAAUCCAAACCCGCUGGACAUGAGCAGCGUCCUUCUGUCCAGAGAACUGCAGUCGAUGGUUGAGAUCGUGGCUGAAAACUAUCACAACAUCUGGGCCAAGAAAAAGAAGAGUGAUCUGUGCAGCAGAGCCGCAGGAGGAGCUCAUCCGCUGCUGGUGCCCUACGACACGCUCACAGCCAAAGAGAAGACCAGAGACCGAGAGCGAGCGCAGGAUCUCUUCCGCUUCCUACAGAUCAACGGAUACGCCAUCAGCAGGCGUCUGAAGCACAUGGAGCAGGACUCGUCCUCGAUGGAGAAACGCUUCGCCUACCGCUUCCUGAAGAAGCUGCUGAAGUACGUGGACUCGGCGCAGGAGUUCAUCGCUCACCUCGAGGCGAUGGCGACCAGCGGAAAGAAUGACAGAUCGCCACAUGAACAGGAAAUCAAGUUCUUUGCUAAGGUGCUCCUCCCCCUCAUAGACCAGUACUUUAAAAACCACUCGCUGUACUUCCUGUCGUCUCCCACUAAGAAUCUGAGCAGCAGCGGAUACGCGUCGAACAAAGAGAAGGAGAUGGUCACCAGUCUGUUCUGUAAGCUGGCCACUCUGGUUAGACACAGGAUCUCUCUGUUUGGAAGUGACUCCACCACUAUAGUCAGCUGUCUGCACAUCCUCGCACACACGCUGGACACCAGGACUGUGAUGAAGACCGGAUCGGAGCUGGUCAAAGCCGGUUUGAGGACGUUCUUUGAGAGCGCGGCUGAAGAUCUGGAGAAGACUCUGGAGAACCUGAAGCUGGGGAAGUUCACACACUCGCGCAGUCAGAUGAAGGGCGUCUCGCAGAACAUCAACUACACCACAGUGGCUCUGCUGCCCAUCCUCACCGCUCUGUUCGAGCACAUCACUGAACACCAGUUCGGCUCCGACCUUCUGCUGGAUGAUGUGCAGGUGUCGUGUUAUCGGAUCCUGACCAGUUUAUACUCGCUGGGGACGGGAAAGAACAUCUAUGUGGAGAGGCAGCUGCCGGCGCUGGGCGAGUGUUUGGCGACUCUAGCCGGUGCGAUGCCCGUGGCGUUUCUGGAGCCGCAGCUCAACACACACAACCCCUGCUCCGUCUUCAACACCAAGACGUCUCGAGAACGAGCUCUCGUAGGGCUGCCGGAGUCGGUGGAGGACGUGUGUCCUGAGAUGCCUCGUCUGGACGGUCUGAUGAAGGACAUUAAUGACAUGUCAGAGUCCGGAGCGCGCUACACAGAGAUGCCGCACGUCAUCGAGGUGGUGCUGCCCAUGCUGUGUAAUUAUCUGUCCUACUGGCCGGCCCGCGGGCGUCUGCAACCUCCGGAUGAAGCGCUCUGCAGCAGCACCGUCACCUCCGAACACCUCAGCCUCAUCCUCGGGAACAUCCUCAAGAUCCUCAACAGCAACCUGGGCAUCGACGAGGCCUCCUGGAUGAAGCGCAUCGCAGUGUACGCUCAGCCCAUCAUCAGUAAGGCGCGCGCCGAUCUGCUGAAGACACACUUCUUGCCGACGCUGGAGAAGCUGAAGAAGAAGACGGUGAAGGUGGUGUCGGAGGAGGAGCUUCUGAAAGCUGAUGGGAAGGGCGACACCCAGGAGGCGGAGCUUCUGAUCCUGGAUGAGUUUGCGGUGCUGUGCAGAGAUCUGUACGCCUUCUACCCCAUGCUCAUCCGCUACGUGGACAACAACAGGUCUCGGUGGCUGAAGGAGCCGGAUGCGGAUUCCAAUGAGCUCUUCAGGAUGGUGGCAGAAAUCUUCAUCCUGUGGUGUAAAUCACACAACUUCAAGAGGGAAGAGCAGAACUUUGUCGUUCAGAACGAGAUCAACAACCUCUCGUUCCUCACCGGCGACAGUAAAACCAAGAUGGCAAAGUCAUUCCUCCCCAAGGCUGGAGGUCAGGAUCAGGAGCGGAAGCAUAAGAAGCGUCGCGGAGACUUUUACUCCGUCCAGACGUCUCUGAUCGUGGCGGCGCUGAAGAAGAUGCUGCCCAUCGGUCUGAACAUGUGCACGCCGGGAGACCAGGAGCUCAUUCUGCUGGCCAAGAUGCGAUACGGCUUGAAGGACACAGAUGAAGAGGUGAAGGAGCACAUCAGACAGAACCUGCACCUGCAGGAGAAGUCGGCGGAUCCGGCCGUUCAGUGGCAGCUCAACCUCUAUAAGGAUGUGAAGAUGAAGACGGAAGACACUUUGGAUCCGGAGCGGAGCAUCGAGAGAAUCCAGAGCAUCUCGGCCGCUGUAUUCCACCUUGAGCAGGUUGAGCAGCCGUUGCGCUCUAAGAAGUGUGUUUGGCAGAAGUUGUUGUCUAAGCAGCGGAAGCGAGCCGUUGUGGCGUGUUUCAGAAUGGCGCCGCUCUACAACCUGCCCAGGCACACAAUUAAUAAUUACUUCCUGAAUUCGUACUGUCACUUUUGGCUGGGCAGAAUUCAGGCGAGUUCUGACCGUGAUGGUCUGCUGGCUGUGCUGACGAAAACGAAGACUGAUGAAGAGGAGGAGGAGAUCACAGACACUCAGCCGGACCCUCUUCAUCAACUCAUCCUGCACUUCAGUCACAACGCACUGACAGAAUGCAGCUCUCUAGAGGAGGAUCAGCUGUACAUCGCAUAUGCAGACAUGAUGGCUAAGAGCUGUGCUGAAAAUGAGGAAGAGGAUGAGGAAGGAAAAGAGAAAACAUUUGAGGAGAAGGAGAUGGAGAAGCAGAAGACUCUGUACCAACAGGCCCGACUCCAUGACAGAGGAGCAGCAGAGAUGGUCUUACAGAUGAUCAGCGCUAGUAAAGGUCAUUUGGGUCCGAUGGUCACAUUCACGCUGAAGCUCGGCAUCUCCAUUCUCAACGGCGGAAACAUCACAGUCCAGCAGAAAAUGCUGGACUAUUUGAAGGAGAAGCGAGAUGUGGGUUUCUUCAAGAGUCUGUCAGGACUGAUGCAGUCGUGCAGUGUUUUGGAUCUGAACGCGUUCGAGCGUCAGAAUAAGGCCGAGGGUUUGGGGAUGGUGACUGAGGAAGGUUCCAUCAACGUGAGGGAGCGCGGCUCUAAAGUUCUUCAGAAUGACGAGUUCACCAAAGAUCUGUUCAGGUUCCUGCAGCUCCUGUGUGAGGGACACAAUAACGACUUCCAGAACUUUCUCAGGACGCAGACGGGAAACACGACCACAGUCAAUAUAAUCAUCAGCACAGUGGACUAUCUGCUCAGACUGCAGGAGUCAAUCAGUGAUUUUUACUGGUAUUACUCUGGUAAAGACGUGAUGGACGAGGCGGGUCAGCGGAAUUUCUCCAAAGCUCUCGCUGUAGCCAAACAGAUCUUCAACUCGCUCACUGAAUACAUACAGGGUCCGUGUAUCGGGAACCAGCAGAGUUUGGCUCACAGCAGACUUUGGGACGCCGUCGUUGGAUUUCUGCACGUCUUCGCCAACAUGCAGAUGAAGCUGUCACAGGACUCCAGUCAGAUCGAGCUGCUGAAAGAGCUGAUGGAUCUGCAGAAGGACAUGAUAGUCAUGAUGCUGUCACUGCUGGAAGGAAACGUGGUGAACGGGACCAUCGGCAAGCAGAUGGUGGACACUCUGGUGGAGUCCUCCAGCAACGUGGAGAUGAUUCUCAAGUUCUUCGACAUGUUCCUCAAGCUGAAAGAUCUGACCACCUCGGAGAACUUCAAGGAGCACGACCCCGACCGUAAAGGCGUCAUCUCCAAGAAGGAGUUCCAGAAGUCCAUGGAGAACCAGAAGCAGUACUCUCAGUCCGAGAUCGAGUUCCUGCUGUCCUGCGCCGAGGCCGACGAGAACGACAUGUUCAACUACGAAGAGUUCGUCAAGCGCUUCCACGAACCCGCCAAGGACAUCGGCUUCAACGUGGCGGUUCUUCUCACCAAUCUGUCGGAGCACAUGCCUCACGAUUCCCGUCUGUCCACCUUCCUGAACUUGGCCGAGAGCGUUGUGAACUAUUUCGAGCCCUACCUGGGCCGCAUCGAGAUCAUGGGCGGCGGCAAGAGAAUCGAGAGGGUUUACUUCGAGAUCAGCGAGUCCAGCCGAACGCAGUGGGAGAAACCGCAGGUCAAAGAGUCCAAGCGGCAGUUUAUCUUCGAUGUCGUCAACAAAGGUGGAGAAUCUGAGAAGAUGGAGCUGUUCGUGAACUUCUGCGAGGACACCAUCUUCGAGAUGCAGCUGGCGUCUCUGAUCUCCGAGCCGGACGCUGCUGAGAGACAAGAAGAGGACGAUGUUGAAGAUGAUGCUCGGAGUGUGGAUCUAGACGAGGACGAUGAAGACGGCGCACGGGAGUCUUCCUCAGCGUUCGCUCUGGCCUGCGUCUCCAUGAGGAAGAGUCUGUCCAACCUGCGGCAGCUACUGACCUUCAAGAGCAUGAGGAGACAGUAUCGCAAGCUGAGGAAGAUGAGCGUCCGGGAGAUGAUCCGAGGAUUCUUCUUCUUCUUCUGGAUGAUCUUCACUGGCAUGUUCCGCUUCCUCUACAGCCUGGUCUGGGGCUUCUUCCACAUCCUGUGGUCCACGCUGUUCGGCGGCGGUCUCGUGGAAGGAGCCAAGAACAUGAAGGUGACGGACAUUCUGGGGAACAUGCCGGAUCCCACGCAGUUCGGGAUCCACGGAGACGUUCUGGAGCUGGAGAAGCUGGAGUACUGCGACAUGUCGUCAGUGGCGGAGCUCGGGCGCAUGGCGGCAGGAGAUCAAGCGGAGAUGGACCUGAUGACGGAGCUGAUGUACAUGCAGCCCAGGAGGGAAGGAGGCAAGCAUGGCAUGGAGCCGGGGCUGGGAGACGUGUCCGAGGUGAUCGGAGUGGAUACUCCAUCUUUAGCCAGCGCCGUCCAUCAGAAGAAAGCUCAGGAAGCCGCCAGUAAGCAGACCGAUGAAUCUGAGACCAAAUCAGAGUCGGAGAAGGCAGAUGUUGAGGACCGAGAGAAGAAAGACCAGGACAAGGGCAAAGAAGAGAGUGUGUCAGACUCUCAGACAGACGAAGAGAAGAAGCCGCAGAAGAAGAGGCGCGGUCAGAGGAAGGAGCAGGCCGAGGCCUUCAUGGCGGCGUUUUUAGCCGGUCUAGACGUCCAUCAGACCAAAACCCUGAAUUAUCUGGCCAGAAACUUCUACAACCUGCGAUUCCUGGCUCUGUUUGUGGCGUUUGCCAUCAACUUCAUCCUGCUCUUCUACAAGGUGACCGGUGAGGAUUCGGAUGAUCUGGACCCGUGGACGCGGCGAGAGGAGGAGGAGGAUGAAGGUGCGGUGGAGUAUUUUGUUCUUCAGGAGAGCACGGGUUACAUGGCUCCGACCCUGCGCUUCCUCGCCGUCAUGCACACCCUCAUCUCCUUCCUCUGUGUGCUGGGAUAUUACUAUCUGAAGGUGCCGCUGGUGGUGUUCAAGCGUGAGAAGGAGAUCGCGCGCAAGCUGGAGUUCGAUGGGCUGUACAUCACCGAGCAGCCGUCUGAUGAUGAUAUUAAAGGCCAGUGGGACAGACUCGUCAUCAACACGCCGUCUUUUCCCAACAACUACUGGGACAAAUUUAUCAAACGGAAGGUUAUUAAUAAGUACGGUGAUCUGUACGGAGCCGAGCGGAUCGCGGAGCUGCUGGGUUUGGAUAAAAGUGCUUUAGACUUCAAUCCCACUGAAGAGACGGUCAUUAAAGACGCCUCGCUGCUGUCCUGGUUGAGCUCCACUGACACCAAGUAUCACGUGUGGAAGAUGGGCGUCGUGUUCACUGAUAACUCGUUCCUGUAUCUGGUCUGGUACACCACCAUGUCCAUCCUGGGACAUUAUAAUAAUUUCUUCUUCGCCGCUCAUCUGCUGGACAUCGCCAUGGGCUUCAAAACACUGAGGACCAUCCUGUCCUCCGUCACACACAACGGCAAACAGCUGGUGCUUACAGUCGGGCUGCUCGCUGUGGUCGUGUAUCUCUACACCGUCGUAGCAUUCAACUUCUUCCGCAAGUUCUAUAACAAGAGUGCUGACGAGGACGAGCCCGAUAUGAAGUGUGAUGAUAUGAUGACGUGUUAUCUGUUCCACAUGUACGUGGGUGUCCGUGCUGGCGGCGGGAUAGGUGACGAGAUUGAGGACCCCGCGGGCGACCCGUACGAGCUCUACCGGAUCCUGUUCGACAUCACCUUCUUCUUCUUCGUCAUUGUGAUCCUGCUGGCCAUCAUACAAGGUUUGAUCAUCGAUGCGUUUGGAGAGCUGAGAGACCAGCAGGAGCAGGUCAAAGAGGACAUGGAGACCAAAUGCUUCAUCUGUGGAAUCGGGAAUGACUAUUUCGACACGACGCCGCACGGCUUUGAGACUCACACGUUACAAGAGCACAACCUCGCCAACUACCUGUGAGUGUCGCCUCAUAAUA